AUGUCACUGACCUUCCCCAGUACGAAGUCCCCGAUCCUCCUGGUCCAGCGCCCCACCCUGCUUGCUGCUCCCGGCUGUGGCAGCUCUACCGUUGCAACCGUCAUCAGCACCUUCACGAUCUUCUUCAAAGCCGCCACUUUUCUCAUCGGCGCCGCCCCCAAAGCCACUAUAUCUAUCAAGACCGCCUAUACCGCCACCGUUGCCAUCUCCAGCACCUCCAUCACCAACAACACCAGCAUUACGACCUGCACCUCCACCACUAACGGCAUGUCCAUCGUCAGGACCAUCCCCCCUCCGGCUAUGAUCAAGUUCCAGAUCACCGUCCGAAUCAUCUCUCGCUCUAAGCUUUUUCCGCCUGGGCAUCUCCUUGAAGAUAUUAUCAGGGGGUGUGCGGGAAGGUGGUUGGUGCGGGUGGGGUAUUCCAUUGAAGAAGCGUUCCAGUGCCUCGGAUGGUUCCAGACCCUCUUCACUGCUACCGCUCCAGGUGACGGCCUGUUCGAUCCUCAGCCUUCCGCUCAGACGAUCACGCUCUCCCAGCCACGGAGGUGGAACCAGUCGUCGUAG